AUGGGAAAGGGAAGUGCUCUUAAGGGCAAGAAAGGCAACGCAGCCAGCUGCGCGGGCAGCCCCGGUGACCAGUUGGUAUGUGUAUCGGAAGAAGUGCAGCCCCGACAUUAUGUGUAUGUCGGGAAAGCACCCCCGAACGAAGCCGUGGGUGCGACGAAGGGCUCACCCACCAAAGGAUCCAAAGGAGCCAGCACGUGGAAUGCUGAAAAGGGCACAGGCAAGCCGGGGGGAAAAGCCGACAAAGGAAAGGGGUUGAAGGGAGGCAAACCCAGCGGUUCGUCUCCCUCAAGUGGCGGCGAUCAGUUUGAGACACCCACACCCAAGCGGCGCACCACCGAAUGCUUGGAGUCGGGCACACCGCCAACUAGGCCGAACCCGAACCCAUCCCCGACCACCUCACCGAACGACCCGAAGCUGACAGGCACGGGAACCCCCAAGGGCCACGGUUGCAACACCAAGGGAGCUUGGCAGAAAGGGGUCGUAGACCAGGGUGGUAAAGGCAAACAGGGUGGAAAGACCGGCGCGAAGGGUGCCAAAGGUGCCGGCGUGGGUCCGAGUGCCGCUGAUCAGGGUGUCAAGGGUGCCUUGGACCAGACCGGCAAAGGCAAGACAGGUACCACGAAGGGUGCUGCGCAUCAGUCGGAUGGCAAAGGCUCGAAUGGUGCCACUGCCGCUGCCGAUGGCAGCGACAAUAGUUCGAUGGCGAGCAAUUGUAAGGGCAAGAUCGGCAAAGGCGCAGCCGGUCUGGAUCAGAAGGGCACCACGAAGGGUGCCGUGGAUCAGAGUACCAAAGGUGCUGUGGAUCAGGGUGUCAAGGGUGGCUUGGAUCAUAAAGGCAAAGGCAAGAAGGGUACCACGAAGGGUGCCGAUCAGUCGGGUGGCAAAAGCUCGAACGGUGCUGCUGCUGUGGAUCCGAGCAGAGAUGACACCUCCCUUGAUCAUGGUGCCGCUGUUGCCCCGGAUCAGACGUCUGGCAAGGGCACGAAGGGUAAGCCGACUUCCAAGGGCAAGACGGUUUGUGACCCGGUUGGCAAAGGCACGAAGGGCUCUGAUGGCAAGGGCGAGACGAAGAGUGCUCCGGUUGGAAAAGGCAAGAAGGGCUCUGAGGAUGGCAAGGGCAAGACGAAGUGUGCCCCGGUUGGCAAAGGCAAGAAGGGCUCUGAGGAUGGCAAGGGCAAGACGAAGUGUGCCCCGGUUGGCAAGGGCAAGAAGGGCUCUGAGAAUGGCAAGGGCAAGACAAAGUGUGCACCGGUUGGCGAGGGCAAUGAUGUUGCCACCGCAGAUCAGACUGGCCACGCGAGCGAGGUUGGCAAAAGACCGGUCGAGAAUGAGGAAGAUGUCGAUCGGAGAGUUCGUCGUCGUGUGUCAAUCCUCCGAAUGGACACUGGCAUCUCGACUAUGUCUGAUGGCAACGGGCCUGUGGAGAUGGAACCAUUGGCCACCAGCGUGGAUCUCCAGAGAAUUCCAGACGCGGCCCUGACCGGACCCGGCGACAUCCCGCUUCAGCAACGCAAAGCCUUGAAUGAAUCCUUGAGACGAAGAAUGAAGAAUGGUCAAGGCGGGUUGCACAACUUCGAUUAUAAUGACUGGUCUCAAUCGAUCGAGAACAAACUUACCUCAUUUGAGGCCUACGGAAAGGGCUCGUUCGAAUUCCUCAAGGCUUUCCUCCUCGACCGAGAGAACCUCGCUUCCAUCACCGUGGAGCCCUACUACGAAGAGCUAUCGGAGACAAAAGACAAGGAAACCUUCACGGAGCUUCCUCUCUGCCUCAUCAAAGAGAAGUACGAGCACUUGCCAGGAGGUCAGACCGGAAAGAAGCAUCCCCAGUCCGACUCGGAGAAUAUGAUGAUCUACAAGGUGUUCGACUCCAUCAAAACUUCGAGUUCCAAUAUCAAUCGAUGUGGCAACCGCACGAGUGCCACCAUGACGGCCUCCAACAACAAGGCCGAACGAACUGCGAUCGCCGAGGUGCUCCAGGCAAAGGCCGCGAGCAUGACGAUUCGAGAUCUUUGCGAUAAAGCCGUGUACGUUGCCGCCGGCCUGGGUGGCUGUGGUCUUGCAAACCAGGAGGGCUUGAUCGCCCAACUGGGAAAGAUCACGCAGCAGUGCAUCACCAUUCGAGAUGAGAUGCAACAGAUGGUGUUCGAUGCGAAGCCACUGGAAGAAUGCUUGGAGAGUAUGCAGCAUUACAAGCCCCAGCUUCAGGAUUUCCAGAUCCAGGUGAAUGAUGCCGAAGGAAUUUGGCAGGGCCAGGAACGACGCAAAGCUUCGGCGAAGAGAAAGUUAGAGAAGGCCGAGGAGAAGAAGAAGAAAGAAGCGGCCAAGGCCGCAGGUGAGGAAAUGGAGGAGGACGAUGAUGCAGGACAGCCGGAUGAGGAAUGGGAUGAUAUGGAGGAGGAGAAUAAGUACUGGGAGGAGGGUGCUGACUAA